UACGAAAUUUUCAUCGCCAGUCGCACGGGUCCGUUUGUAACCGUCGUUCGUCAGUCGCCGUCGUCGUUGGCGCGCGUCCUCGUAUCACACGCCGCCGAGUGUCUUUCCCACACGUACCACCCCUCCACCCGUCCACCGCCGACGUCGCUGAUAAUAAUAAGAAUAACGCGAGUCCACGGCAAAAUUCCGCGGUUUCACAGUCUUGUGCGCGCGCGUCGUGUCCGCCGUCGGUCAACGCGGAAAUCGUCAUCCCGAUAAUAUUUCAACAACCAUCCGUUAUCGAUACAAUAUAGUUCAUACCCGUCGGCGAAUAAUUAUCGUAUUGCAGUUCGGUUCGUGUUUCUCGAGUUGUUUUCCGUCCGCAAAUGUCUUCUGACGUGUUCAAAUCGUGAUCAGUUUCGGUGGUUCGGUGCCGGUGGUGCGUCGUCGUGCCGUUCCUGUGUGUGUGUGUGUUAUUUUUCGCGAUCACGUCGUCCGGACGUGUGUGAUGCCGUUGUCGUUCAAAAAAAUCUUCUCGCGAAAACUGCUGUUCAGCCCAAAAGUCAUGGGUAACGCGGCGUCGCAUCACGAACCGUUGGACCGGGUCGCCGCCAGUCACGCGGGCUCGACGUUCCGGCGUUCGGCCAGUUGUCGGCACAGCAAAUCCGCAAAGAGUGGUCGAUCGCCGUCAAAAAUGGACCGAUUACGGCGGAGUUUUCGAGACAGUUUCAGACGCCGUAAAGAUCUGAGCAAUAGCGCCGGAUCGCCGGGCCAUCAUUCUAAUCCUAAACCUCAUUUGUGGGCCAUGGACGAGGCUGAAGUCCGGGCUGGGAUAUGUUCCUUCCAUGUUAAGUAUUUGGGCUGUGUCGAAGUCUUUGAAUCGAGAGGAAUGGAAGUAUGCGAAGAAGCUUUAAAAACACUUAGGGCAUCACGCCGUAGACCAGUAAGAGCUAUAUUUUACAUAUCAGGAGAUGGUUUGCGUGUUGUAGAAGAAGAAACUAAAGGUUUGAUAGUAGAUCAAACAAUUGAAAAAGUUUCAUUCUGUGCCCCAGACCGAAGUCAUGAAAAAGGAUUUUCAUACAUAUGCAGAGACGGACUGACUCGUCGAUGGAUGUGUCAUGGUUUUGUAGCUCUAAAAGAAUCGGUAAAUGGUGACCGAUUAAGUCAUGCGGUUGGAUGUGCUUUUCAAGAAUGUCUGAUAAGAAAAAAUAAACGAGAAGAAGAUUGUUCUGUUACAAUGAACUAUGAUCCAAAAACGUCUGUUUUUACAAGAACUGGCAGUUUUAGAACUCAAUCUUUAACUGAACAACAGUCUGAACCUAAUAUUCCACUCAAUGCACCACCACAACCUCCUCCUUUUCUUCAGUUAAAUAAAGAUAUACCAACAUCAGUAAAACCAUUGCAACAAAAUCCUACUACACCAAAAGUCAGUACCAAUGCGAUCGAAAGACCGCAUGCUACAUUGUCCAUGCUACAACGACAAGGAUCAUUUCGUGGAUUUACACAAUUGAAUCAAGCGUCUCCGUUUAAAAGACAGUUGUCACUUAGAAUAUCUGAAUUACCUUCUAAUUUAGAGAGAACAAGAUCAAUGAGUCUACAACCAACAGCAAAUACUCGUACAUCUUCUAAUAAACUUUUACAAAUGAAUACUCCAGUGAGUCCUAUACUUGAAGCUUCUCCUCGAAGUGAAAAACCAAUGUCUACAACAGAUCAAGUAACAGCUAUGUGUCAACAAAUGUCAUUAGAAUUGGCUUUUCUUACAAAUAGUACAACCAAUGAUGAAUUCCCUGAGAAAUUUAAAUCAAAUGAUCUAAAAACUAUAGAAAACAAUUCAAAACAAGGGCCAAUUACUGGAAGUGAAGCAUUUCUUGCUAGUAUAUCAAAAAAAGCCACAUUAUCAUCAGAAACUCAAAGCAAUCCAUCGACUCCAAAACCAGAGUGUCGUAUUAGUCCACAAGAUGAAGGCUUUGAUUCUGGUUCCAGUUUAUGGAAUGUUAAUAACAAGGCAGUAACACCACCAACUCCACCUGCUACUCCACCAUCGACACUACCGAGGCCAGAACAGUGGUUAGGUCAAGUGGCAGCAGUUACGUUACAGUCAAUGGAUCCCCAAGUCACACCUAAAAGAAAUCCACAUUUAGCAACGCACAGUCGUGCAUUUUCUUUAGACACAGCUGAGGAUGUUUAUCGCACAUUUAAUAAUAUUUCGGCUAAUCCAUUUGACCCUAAUUAUAUAGCCCCUAAACAAAAUACAAAUCCGUUUUUAAGUAGCCCAAUAUCAAGUAGCCAAAAUAAAACUGUAAAAACUUUUGAAGUUCAAAUGUGAUCAAUUCUAAUAAUUAUCAUCAUUGAAUAAUAAAAAGUAAAAUAUUUAAAAGUUAGAGAAAGGGAAUAUGCGAUUACUAUAAUAUUAUGUAAGAUUGGAUUUAUGAUUGUGCAAUUAGUGUUCAAAAUUAAUAUUAACAAAACUUUGUAUUGAUGCUUUUUUAAUUAGAGUACUAUGUACUAUCUAUGAAAAAAAUCAAAAUUUAAUUUGAUCAAACAAAAUUAUUUGUUUUCAGUACUAGUAAACUUCAUUUUUAUUUUUUUUAAUAACCUAAGUAUUACUAAGUGAAUUUAUAAUAAUAGUUUGUAUUUUAUGUUUAAAUAUUUUCCUUAUAAAAAAAAUUUCAAAAAAGGUAUUAAUUCAACAUAAUUUUUAGUUUCAAGAUGUACUUAAAUAAAAUAUAUUGAGAAAUUAGUUAUACAGUUAUUAAAAAAUAUUACGUAGCUGUAAUUGCAUAAACUGUUAUUAAUAUUUUUUUUUUAUAUUUUUCUGUAAUUAAACAUAAAACAUAAGCUUAAUAUUCAUGCACAAUGAAUUUAAAUUAAAUUAUUAAAUAAUGUUUACAUACGUUCAUUUGCAACCUAUACAUAUCAAUAUUUUUCUAACGUUAAAAUACUUAGUAUAUUAUAUUUUAUGUUAAAUUUUAUGUUGAUAUAAAUAUUGACAGCUAAGGGUACCUACUAACGAAUUUGAACUUAUCGCACACAUAUAGUUAAUAGAGAACAGUUCACUACUAUAAAAGGUUAUUAUUUAUUAACAACUAAUCGAAUCAAAUAGAUAUAAUAAAUAAUAAUAAUUACAUAUGACGUAUAUUUACUUUUAGUUAAAAAAAGUUAUACAUAUUUCAAUUUUUUUUAAAUAUUAAUAAUAAAUUAUAUUUUCACAAUAUAAAACUAAAUAGGUAUUAAAAUAAUAACAUUUUUUAUUGAAUGAACUUCUAAUAAUGUACAAACCAAUUCUCAGUUAGUAAACAAACAGUAUAGAUUCUGAAACGAGUCCUAAGUAUUUGCCAAUUUUUUAACUCAAGUAUUAUUUAACGAUUAUCUUUAACCAUAAGCUUAAAUGUACAUAAUGUGUAUUUUUCUAAGAUCAAAAUGUUGAUAUAUGUAUUCUUCUAUAUACCUGUUAGAUUGAAAAUUAUACACCUUACAUUAAUUUUAUCUCUUUAUUGGCACACAAGACUGUAUUUCUGUCGUCCUUACAGUUAUCUAAGUAAUAAUGAUAAGUCAUUACUCAUUAACUUCCCUCAUUUUUACAUAUUAUUUAUGGAUGUUACUUCUUUACUUUCGCUUUCGGUUUAACAAGUCAAACACUUUCACAGUUAUAAGACAACCUAAAACUAUUUUAUGAUUAAAAAAAAAAAAACGCUUAUAGCUGCGUACUGAAUAGGGAUUGCGUGUUCUGUGAUAUUCGUGUAUUCAAUAGACUGCAUUUUUUUUUUCUAUUGAUACACAACAAUGUUUAUUAUUACUAUUAUUAUCAUUAUUAUAAUUAUUAUUAUUAUUAUUAUUUUUAUUAUUAUUAUUAUUAUUGUAUAUACUAUACGCAAGUAUCUGUGGUAACAUUAUAUUAUAAUAUUAACUGUAUUGCUCUCAUAGAAAAUACGGGAAUUAAAUACUAAUUUAUAAAAUACUAACUUAUAUAUUAUAAUUUUAAAAAUAUCAUAAUAAGAAUAGUAUCAAUAUUGUUGAAUAUAAUUAUACUUUUCAUUAUUGAUAUAUUUAAAUAUAUAUAUAUGUAUAUGUAUGUAUUACUUGUUAGUAUUUUAGUUUGUAAUAUAUUUUCUUAAGAUUAAAAAUUAUUUUUAAAACAAUUAUUAUUAUGUAUAGAUUAUUAUUAUAACGCAUAGUAUUAAUCAUUUAUGGAUUAGACAUCAUAAUUGAUCUAACUGGUUAUUCGUUAUGCCUGAGAGCAACUAUACCUGUUUAAAAAAAAAAAAAUUAUAAAAUAGCUAGCAAUUAGUUAAAACUCAAUUAAAAAAAAAAAAUUGUGCUACCUAUUAAUUAUUAAUUAGUACAUAUACUAUUCAAUUAUCAUGCACCUUAAUAUGUUAUUGGUAUACGAUUAAUUUUUAUUGUUGUUAUUAUUUGGAUUAUCCAAUUGGGAAGGAUUAGUAUUUGUAUUACGGGACAUGUGUAUAUCAUUAACUAUAUAAAUAUAUAUCAGUGAACAUUAUUAUGUUAUACAUACUCACACAAUUGUAUAUAAAUGUAAUAUGUUGUUUAUGUUUUUGCCAGAGAAUAGUAAUAUGUAUGAAAGAGCUUAGACAUAUAUUAAGUAUUGAAAUUACAGUAUUGUUUUUAAAUGGCUUAAGUGCAAUUAAAAAUAAUUCUAGUUUUUCAACCAAAAUUUUAUGAAAACGACUUAUGAUAAAUAUGUAAGAUGUACGGAUAAGAAAUAACUAUUUUAUACAAUUAUUGUGAUUUUAGUAGCCUCUAUAAAGUAUAAUAAUAUUAUGUUAUUAUGUAUACAAGGUGUCUUAUAUAGAUUUACUAGUUUUAAGUAUUUGGAUUAAUACAAAUUCUAUUACCCAACCGCUUUAAAUUAGUAAAUCCUUACAAAAUACUGAAUAAUAUGAUAAUGGCUUCGUUAUGACCAAAUUAGAAUUAAUUUACCUAUUACUUUCUAUUGUACUUAAAAGUUCAAACAAAUUGAAACAUGUUUGUAAAACCCUUAUAUUUUUGUUUAUAUUUUGUAGUAUUAACAUAUUAUUAGAAAACUUAGACAAUAUUCUUAGAUGCCUAAGAACCUCUGUACUUAAUUAUUGUUGUCGUAUGAAUUAUAUAUAAAUAUAAAAAAUAUUGAUUGUUUUUA